AUGCCUUCUCCCAAAGACGAUGUAAACGCUACACCGCCCUGCCACCCACGCGCGUGCGCAAUUCAAGAUUGUCUUACGCGCAACAAUUACAACGAGGCUCGGUGCCAAGGGGCCAUCAAGGCUCUCUACGAGUGCUGUGCUGCGUUUUACGAAAAGCAUGGCGACGCAGCGACAUCGCCGAGUUGUCCGAAACCAGACUUGCUGCGACUGAAAAUGAAGCAGCUCAAUAUGUCGUCGUCGUCGUCAUGA